UUGGGGAAAUUAGAAGUAGAUAAAAGCGGGAAACAGAGAAUCGGUCGGAUAAUAGCCAUGGCGAGUUCUUCAAGCCGGAAUUCAAGGUAUACGCUUUCUGAGUUGGUUCUUGGAGCUAUAUCAGCGAUCGAUGAUGGAAAUGGUGUUGACAUCGAUGUGAUUUCCGAAUCUAUCAAGGAAAGGUAUAAGGUAGCGCCAAAAUUCAGGAGGCAGUUGAAAAACAAGCUGAAAAAACUUGUUACUCUGGAAAAGAUUGAGAAGGUAGAAGAAGGCCGCUACAAGAUCAUCGAUGCUGCUGCUACAGAAGCUACAGAGCCAACACAAACCUUGAAUCCGCAAGACUCCACGAAGCCACAAGAGCGACCAAACGCUUCUUUUUCAUCGGAAGAGAUGGCUAAGAUAACAGAUGGCUAUGCAAAAGUUAUCGCUGCGGCUGAAAACCUAGAUCUCCAAGCAAAAGAGGCAUUCGAAGCUGCAGAUGAAGCCGACCAGAUUUUACAUGACAACAUCUUACUUUUGGACUUAGCGAGGGAACUCGUUCACCGAUGUGUCAAAGGCGAGAAGAUCGUCCUGCGGUUAAACGUUUGUGGUUGUAAACUUCUAAAGGAGAAAAUAAGUACGACGGAGAAGAAGACUGGUUUUCUGAAGCGUACGAGUGUGUUUUCUUUGCAUAUUCUCAUAGAUUUAGAGGUGGCUAGAGUUAAGAGCGAAGGGGAAUUUGAUUCGAGAGAGAUGGUAGAACUUCGAAGGAAUAGAUGGACGCCGGAAGAAGAAGGGGCGCUCCUGGCCGGAAUAUGCAAGCACGGCGCCGGAAAGUGGAUGAAUAUUCUAGAUGAUCCCGAGUUCAGGUCUGAACUUCUGUAUCGCACUAACAUUGACCUCAAGGAUAAAUGGCGUAAUAUGAUGAUUAAGGAGAAAUCAAAGAUGCAGAAACUCGAACCAGCUCCAUUCACAUUUCCCCCUGCAAAGACUUCGCCUGUUGCUAGCAACGAGCAUCCUCUAGAUAGAUUCAGCGAGAGAGAAUCUCACUCGAGAGAGAGAAAGAGACGACGACGAAGGUUGAAGGGUUUAGAGAUGUUACGGCAACGGAAGAAUAAAUGGACGGAGGAGGAAGAAGAGGUGCUUCUCGCUGGAAUAGCCAAGUACGGUGCCGGAAAAUGGAAAUAUAUGUAUAAUGAUCCCGAUUUCGCCGCUCAACUUCCGGAUCGCACUAACGUUGACCUCAAGGAUAAAUGGCGUAAUAUGAAAAAUCGUGCGCGGCCAAUUAAGGAGAACUCAAAGGCACAAGCACUGAAAUCAGCUGCCAUCUCGAUUUCCCCUCCAGGGACUUCGCAUCCUGUUAGCAACGAGCCUUCUCCAAUUUGUUCGUCAGAUAUGAGCAAUGAAUUUAGGUUUGCUAUAUCAACAAUCAAUGAUGAAAACGGCUCGAAUCUCAGUGGGAUUCUCAGCUUUAUCGAGGAACGAUACGAGGUACCACAAAAUUUCAGGAAGAUGUUGAGUAACAGCCUGAGACUCCUUGUUUCUCAAGAGAAACUCGAAAAGGUACUUAAUCGCUACAAAAUCUCCACCACGAAAGCAGCGAAGCCAACACAAAACCUGAGUCCAAAAGAUUAUUUGGAAUGGCUCGAAGAACCUCAAAACUUUAGUGAGUUUGCGAGAGAGAUCCUGACAAUUCUCAUUUCUCAAGGCAAACUGAAAAAGGAUUUAAAUCGCCACAAGAUCUCAGAGUUGGAAAAAAAAAUGUUCGAAGUAGCACCAGAAGUUGUAGCAGCGAAACUUGCGGAGUCAGAUUACAAAAGUUUUAUAGCAGCAGAGGCAGUAAAAAAAGCACAACAAAUGCAGAAGCUGGAAGAAGAAAGCAACACCGUGCUUCAGUUAUUCUUAGAAAUCCACGAACAAUGUGCUCUUGGCGAAGAGUAUUUAGCAAAAUGUAAAGAGGUGAAAAACUGUAAAGGAAGAGGGACAGUAGGGAUGGCGAACAAUAUUAUCUUGUUCGAGGAUAUCUUCGUGGUCGAUAAGCUAGACCCUGAUGGCAAAAAGUUCGAUAAAGUUACGCGUGUUGAAGCAAGGAGCCACAACUUGGAAAUGUUUAUGCAUCUAGAUGUCAACACAGAGGUUUAUCCCAUGGCCGUUGGCGAUAAGUUCACACUGGCGAUGGCUCCCACACUGAAUCUCGAUGGAACCCCUGAUACCGGAUAUUUUACUCCGGGAGCAAAGAAAACGCUUGCGGAUAAGUAUGAAUACAUCAUGCACGGUAAGCUAUACAAGAUCACUGAGCGUGACGGCAAAACUCCCAAAGCAGAGCUAUAUGUUUCUUUCGGCGGCCUUCUGAUGUUGCUUCAGGGAGAUCCAGCUCACAUUUCUCACUUCGAACUCGACCAGAGGCUCUUCCUUCUCAUGAGGAAGCUGUCUCUUCUUCUCCGACGACGACGAAGAAGAAGACUGAGUGAGUUUCAGAAGUACGGGAGCGAAGGAGAAUCUGAUUCGAGAGUGAUGACGAAGGGUUUAGAGACGCUAGGACAUCGGAAGAAUAAUAAAUGGACGAAGGAGGAAGAAGAGGCGCUUGACGCCGGAAUAGCUAAGCAUGGUGUCGGAAAAUGGUCGGAUAUCUUAGCUGAUCCCGUUUUCAGGGCUCACCUUGUAGAUCGCACUAACAUUAACCUCAAGGAUAAAUGGCGUAAUAUGAAACAUCGAGAGAGUCUAAUUGAGAAGAAAUUAAAGUCACAAGCACUCAAAUCAGCUUCUAUUUCUCCAAAUACUUCGCCUGUUGCUAGCAACGAACCUUUUUCAAAUAGUUCAUCCGCUAUGAACAAUGAAUCUAGGCGUAAUGCAAUGGUUUUUGAGGCUAUAUCAACAAUCAAUGAUGAAAACGGCUCGGAUCUCAGUGGGAUUCUCAGCUUUAUCGAGGAACGAUGCGAGGUACCUCAAAACUUUAGGAUGCUUCUGAUUGAGAGCCUGAGAGUCCUUGUUUCUCAAGGAAAACUCGAGAAGGUACGAAAUCGCUACAAGAUCACAGACGUAGGAAACAAAGUGUUGGAAAUAUCACCAGAUGUAGUAGCAACACGACUUGCAGAAGCAGAAAAGAAAUACUUCAUAGCAGUAGAGGCAGUCAAAGAAGCAGAACGAAUGCAGAAGUUGGCAGAAGAAAGCCAAUUGAUACUUCAGUUAUGCUUAGAUAUCCAUGAACAGUGCUCUUGGCGAAAAGAUUGUCUUAUGUGGGACGAAAACUAA